UUUAGAUAAUCACAAAUCGCAAACACUUUCCAGUGGAGUUAGAAUUUCUGAAUCAAACUGCAAAAGUCAUCCAUGGAGUGGUUCUCGUCGUUAUUCCCUAUUGUUGUGUGUUUUCAAUUUUUGUUCUUUCAUUUUCCAUCCUUUUCGUCUUUUCCUUCUCAUUCAUUAUGCUCUCCCGACCAGAGCUCUGCCUUGCUCCAAUUCAAGAACUCCUUAACUGUUAAUUCGAAGAUAGAAACGUGGGAAAAUGGGACAGAUUGCUGCUUAUGGGUUGGUGUCACGUGCGACACCAUCUCUGGUCACGUGAUUGGGCUCGACCUCAGCUACAGUGGGCUUCAAGGUAUCAUCCAUCCUAACAGUUCCCUUUUUCGCCUUUCUCAUCUCCAAACACUCAACCUCUCCUUCAAUGAUUUCUUCUCUCAAUUUCCAUCUCAGUUUGGAGGGUUUGUGAGUCUCAUGCACCUCAACUUGUGUGGUUGUUUAUUCAAAGGUGAAAUUCCUUCCCAAAUCUCACACCUUUCCAAAUUAGAAUCACUCGAUCUCUUUGGAGGUUUUGAAGGUUAUCAUCUUUUAAAGUGGAAAGAAACCACUUGGAAGAGGCUGGUCCAAAAUGCAACAAGGUUGAGGGAGCUUGUUUUGGAUUUAACAGAUAUGUCUUUAAUUAAUCCAAGCUCAUUGUCUCUGCUCUCCAAUCUAUCUUCCUCUUUGGUUACUCUUCAUCUUUACCAAACUGGGUUAAGGGGAAAGUUGACAAAUGACAUUCUCUGUUUGCCAAAUCUCCAUGAGCUAAGUAUGUCUUAUAAUGACGAUCUUAAAGGCCAGCUUCCAAAAUUGAGUUGUAGCACUUCUCUCAGUAUCUUGGAUCUUUCCGGAUGUCAAUUCCAAGGGCCAAUCCCUCCAUAUUUCUCUAACCUCACACAUCUUACUUAUCUCAGUCUCUCAGGUAACAACCUUAACUCUUCAAUACCAUCCUCACUUUUUACCCUCCCACGUCUCACUCACUUGGAUCUUAGCUAUAAUACCAAUCUCAGCGGUCGAAUCCCAAAUGUGUUUCCUCGGGAAAACAAAUUUCAAGAAUUACUUUUGAGUGGUAACAAUAUAGGAGGUGAGCUGCCGUCAUCACUUUCAAACCUUCAACAUCUCACUUUCUUGGAUCUUUCGUCCAAUCAAUUUAGCGGCCAAAUCCCAUAUGUGUUUGGCGGGCUAACCAACUUUCAAGAAUUAGAUUUGAGUUAUAACAAUUUCGGAGGACAAAUUCCAUCUUCAUUGUUUGACUUAACUCAACUUUUUUUCUUGGACUGUUCUCAUAAUAAAUUAGAAGGCCCUCUGCCCAACAAAAUAAUUGGGCUUUCAAACCUAACUCGGUUAAGGUUAAAUAACAACUUGCUAAAUGGAACAAUUCCUUCUUGGUGUUUAUCUUUGCCGUCUUUGGUAGGUUUAGAUUUAUCAAAUAAUCAGUUUUCUGGGCAUGUAAGUGCAAUCUCAUCACAUUCCUUGGAGUCUCUAUAUUUGUGCAGAAACAAGCUACAAGGCAAUAUUCCUGAAUCAAUUUCCAAUCUUGCAAACCUUACCGCCUUGUGUCUAUCAUCAAACAGGUUCAGUGGCCCUACCAAUUUUCACCUCUUCUCCAAGCUUCAAAAUCUGCAAAGUCUUCUUCUUUCGCAGAAUAGUGAAUUAUCACUAAACUUCGAAUCCAAUGCCAAUUACAGUUUCUCUCUCCUACAACAUUUGGGGUUAUCUUCUAUCAAUUUGACUGAAUUUCCCAAAUUAACUGGAAAAUUCCCAAGUUUGCGUUUUCUCUACCUGUCCAAUAACAAACUUAGCGGAAGAGUACCCAAUUGGUUACAUGAUAUGGAUUCAUUAGGUUUUUUGGAUCUCUCUCAAAACCUGUUCACAUCAUCGAUGGAUCAAAUCUCAUGGAACUCCAACCUUGAAUACCUUGAUCUUAGUUUCAACUUACUGACUGGUGACAUCUCUUCGUCAUUUUGCAAUGCAAGUGAUAUUGGGAUUCUCAACUUGUCCCACAACAAGCUGACAGGUAUCAUUCCACAGUGCCUUGCCAACUUAUCAUCCCUUCAAGUUUUGGAUCUACAAAUGAACAAAAUUUCUGGCACUUUGCCAUGGACCUUUUCAACGUACAGGCUCAAAACACUGAAUCUCAACGGCAACCAAAUAGAAGGUAUUUUGCCUAAAUCUUUGUCCAACUGCACCCAACUGGAAGUUUUAAAUCUUGGCAACAACCAAAUAGAGGACACAUUUCCCCAUUGGCUUCAAACACUGCCAAAUUUGAAAUUAUUAAUUUUGCAAGCCAAUAAGUUACACGGUCCCAUUGCCAGUUUAAAGAUAAAGCACAUGUUUCCCAGUUUGAUUAUUUUUGAUAUCUCAUCCAAUAACUUCAGCGGACCAAUACCAAAAGCCUACAUAAAAAACUUUCAAGCCAUGAAGAAUGUCGUUCAACCUCAAGUCCAUAGCAGUUUGCAAUAUGUGGAAACAGAUCUUCGCUAUUUUACUUACCCUGGUUCUGACAGUAUAGUGUAUACUGAUUCUAUGACUGAAACAAUAAAAGAGAACAGUAUGACACUAGUGAAAAUCCCAACAAUCCUCAUCAAUAUUGAUUUAUCAGGAAACAAAUUUGAAGGAGAGAUUCCGAAUGUUAUUGAAGAGCUUCAUGGACUCAAAGGGCUCAACCUUUCCCAUAACAGACUGAAUGGUUCUAUUCCCAAAUCCAUGGGAAAUUUGACAAACCUUGAAUCAUUGGAUCUCUCUUCAAAUAUGCUCAGUCGUGGGAUUCCUGCAGAAUUAGUCAAUCUCAACUUCCUUGAAGUGUUGAAUCUUUCUCAAAACCAUCUUGUGGGAGAAAUACCUCGAGGAAAACAGUUCGAUACAUUUUCGAAUGAUUCCUAUGAGGGAAACUUGGCCUUAUGUGGAUCUCCAUUGUCAAUAAAUUGCAACAAGGACACUGAACAACAUUCUCCACCUUCAGGGGCCUUUGAGAAUGAAGAAAAGUUUGGAUUUGGUUGGAAACCAGUGGCCAUAGGAUAUGGAUGUGGAUUUGUAUUUGGAGUGGGCUUGGGAUGUUAUCUGCUGUUAAUAGGAAAGCCUCAAUGGCUUGUGAGGAUAUUUGGAGUUCAACUUAAUAAGAGGGUCAAAAGAAGGAGAAGGAUGAGGACUCUUGCAAGAAUGACUCAGUUAGUGCGGAUGUCAUAAUCUCGUUGUGAUUGUUAUUAUUAUUUUCCUUUUAUUUUAGCUUUACCUUAUUUGAAAAAUAAAUUUGAGUGUCACAACUUUGUCACUCUUAUUUGAUGUAAUUUGAGCUUGAGUUAUAAGUUUGCAGUAUUAAUGUAUUAUGUUUUGUUUGAGUGAGCCAGCAAUGUGUAUUAUUUAAAAAAAUUGCAAGUCUGCUCUUGUAUGUUUGUGGUUAUUGUCGUACAUAUGUAAGUAUGUUUAUAAAAUAUUAUAUAAAGAAAUCCGGUAAAGAGAGAGAGAGGGAG